AUGUCGCUUUUUGUUUUUCUGGGUUUUCAUUUGUGUUGUUUUGUUCAGAUCGGAGCUGCCAAAGUUGCUGCAGAGGAUUCUUACUAUGCCGUCAAAAGGGGGAGCGUUUCAAGUCAGGACUUUGAGUACACUUUGAAGAGCAUGUGUAAAGAAGGUGCAUAUUAUGGUGGUUUUCUUGUGCUGCCAAUUGAAAUACUCCCUCAUAUCCAGGAAAAGCCAGAGGACAUCAAUGCCAAUCUAAAAGUCCUGUCAAGGUAAACUUAGUUAAACUUGAAUUCACAAGCUUUUAAUAGGAAUUGGUUCCAUUGCGAGGAGUUUUGUGAUUUCUUUGCAAGUUGAAGCAGUUUGAUAAGUUCUCUUGCAAAGGAAAUUGGAGUUAAGUAGAUGAAUACAGAGACAAGAGAAAAAAAUGAUUAUGUUUCUGAAUUGAUGAACAAGGUAUGGGUUUAGUUGUAGAUUUGUAGCUACUUGGAUUAUUUUUAACUUAUCUACAAUCAACAUUUAAUGUUGCUCUGCAAUCUUCUGCUUGAUAGUCAUUGAGUCAUUAAGCUUGAGUGAGUUAGUUAUGUAGCUAAUGUUCUAUGCUUAGGUGUUUCUCUGUAAAACUAACUUAAUUUUUGUUUUUUUGGUAUCUUAAGUAAUACACACACACAAAAACAUUUUGGUUGGUAAUGAUGUUUAAUUGUAUUCUUACUUUUCGUGAUUUUAUAGAGCAAAUGAAACCUCAAUGGGAAAAAGACUAGGUUCAGAUUGUCUCCAAACUCAGAUACAAUUCUAGCUCCUAAACUCUCUGUAAAACUAACUUUAUUUAUAUAUAUUUUUUUGUCUGUUAAGUAACACACACACACACACAAAAACAUUUUGUUGGUAUAACCAAGUAUUGGUAAUACUGCAACGAAGUUACUUUGGAAAAAAAUAUAAACUAUAAAAUAAAUCUGCUUUCACAGGAUGACUUUACUCAAAAUUGUAUUAGACUAUUAGUACCCUUAGACUAAUUAGUUGGUAGAAAAUCUGUAAUUUGAUGGCCAACCACAAAGAUUUCAGCAUAAUUUGAUCUAAUAUGGGAUCCAAGUUCUGCCAAAAUGAAAGUAUAAAUUUCCCCUAGUUGAGGGACGGUACAACCCCCAACUUUAAUCAUACUGACACAAUUAACACCACUAACAUCACCAAAUAGAAAGAAAUCAAUUGGUUUAACAAGCUUGUUGAAAAGUGAAAUUUUUUAUCCCUAGACAAAACCGUCUUGGAGAAUGACGUCCUCACAUGUUGUCUUGGCAAAAACAACAAAUCUUGAAGAUCAAUAAAUUAUAACUGCUCGCUAAAUUGGGUUGCAUCCACAUGAUUUAAAUUUUUGUCUUGGCAAAACUAGGAUUUUAAACGGGCAGAGCAUAUAUGUAAGAAACAGAUUAAGGAUCGAUAAUUUCAUUUGAGAAUGAUGAAAUAAUUUCAUAUUGAUAAUGCUACAAAAUUUGAAACGAAAAUAGUCUUGUAUUGGCCUUUUCAGUAACAAAACUACUAAAUCUCCAUGACCAAAAUGUUCUCUGCUAAUUUAUUUGCCUCUGACAUAAAAUGAGGUACAUUCAUGCUUAAAAAUUGCCCAGUAGACCAAACAAAGGUACAGGACCUGGUCAAAUCUAUCACCAGAUUGCACCCAAACAACUCCUGUAAAGUUACAGGAGUUAUUCUGCCUCUUUUUUUUUUCUUUUUUUUUUUUCAAGAGGCAGAAGAAGCACUAUUUCGGAAACAUGAAGAUUGAAUAUGUUAAAAAGCUAGAAUAUUGAAAUAUCUAACUGUGUUAAGUUGUUUCUGUUAGGAAAAGUAUAUGGUAUGUUGACAAUACCUCUGACUUUAAUGCUGCAUUAGUAACAAUUAUGCCUUUUGGUUCUCCAGUUGUUCCAUGUGUAU